GGCUACGUGAAGAGUGGCGCGCCGUGACUGCGCUACCUUGUCCGCCAGGGUCCUGGAGGCGUCGCGGAAAGGAAGACCGCAGCGGCGGUAGCGACAGUGGCCAGGCUGAGAGGCAGGCGGGUGGAAGUGGCGGCCGCAGGAGUGCCGGGCCGGGUUUUAGCCUCGGGCGCAGAGCGGUGAGCCAGUGCCGCAGCUGUAGAGGAAUUCACAGGGUGCAGCGGGGUCGGAGCUCGACAUCAGGACGAGUUGACUCUCCGUGCUGGAGAGAGACUGGACGACAGGAGCAGUCGUGUUUUUAUCCAGCACGUGUAAGGAUUCAGGAUUGUCAGCGUGAUUCCUGCGAGUCCCGUGUUGUGGCCGCUGUCAGGAAGGCCUCGUCUCUAACGGCAACACGGAGUGAGCGCUCCCCUUCUCGUCCGGACUCAGCCGCUGGGCGACUACUCGGCCUGACUUGUUCCCCUGCACCCUUGUUGGAGACCGGGUAGCCUGGCAGGGAGUCGUGCAUUUGAGAACUUGUUUUUAAGGUGCAAUGAAAGCCUUCCAUGCUUUCUGUGUUGUCCUCUUGGUGUUCGGGAGUGUCUCUGAAGCCAAGUUUGAUGAUUUUGAGGAUGAGGAAGACAUAGUGGAGUAUGAUGAUAACGACUUUGCUGAAUUUGAGGAUGUCCUGGAAGAUUCAGUUACUGAGUCUCCUCAACGAGUGGUAACUGCUGAAGAUGAUGAAGACGAGACAACUGUCGAAUUGGAAGGCCAGGACGAAAACCAAGAGGGAGACUUUGAAGAUGCAGAUACUCAGGAGGGAGAUACAGAAAGCGAGCCAUAUGAUGAUGAAGAAUUUGAAGGUUAUGAAGACAAACCAGAUACUACUUCUAGCAAAAAUAAAGACCCAAUAACAAUUGUUGAUGUUCCUGCACACCUCCAGAACAGUUGGGAGAGUUAUUAUCUAGAAAUUUUGAUGGUGACUGGUCUGCUUGCCUAUAUCAUGAACUACAUCAUUGGAAAGAAUAAAAAUAGUCGUCUUGCACAGGCCUGGUUUAACACUCAUAGAGAGCUUUUGGAGAGCAACUUUACAUUAGUGGGGGAUGAUGGAACAAAUAAAGAAGCCACAAGCACAGGGAAGCUAAACCAGGAGAAUGAGCACAUCUACAACCUGUGGUGUUCUGGGCGGGUGUGCUGCGAAGGAAUGCUUAUCCAGCUGAGGUUCCUCAAGAGACAAGACUUACUGAAUGUCCUGGCCCGGAUGAUGAGGCCAGUGAGUGAUCAAGUGCAAAUAAAAGUAACCAUGAAUGAUGAAGACAUGGAUACCUAUGUGUUUGCUGUUGGCACACGGAAAGCUUUGGUACGACUACAGAAAGAGAUGCAGGAUCUGAGUGAGUUUUGUAGUGAUAAACCUAAGUCUGGAGCAAAGUAUGGACUGCCCGAUUCUUUGGCCAUCUUGUCAGAGAUGGGAGAAGUGACAGAGGGGAUGAUGGAUACCAAGAUGGUUCACUUUCUUACGCAUUAUGCUGACAAGAUUGAAUCCGUUCAUUUCUCAGACCAGUUCUCUGGUCCAAAAAUUAUGCAAGAGGAAGGUCAGCCCUUAAAGCUACCUGACACUAAGAGGACACUAUUGUUUACAUUUAAUGUGCCUGGCUCAGGUAACACUUACCCAAAGGAUAUGGAGGCUUUGCUACCCCUAAUGAACAUGGUGAUUUAUUCUAUUGACAAAGCCAAAAAGUUCCGACUCAACAGAGAAGGCAAACAGAAAGCAGAUAAGAACCGUGCUCGAGUGGAAGAGAACUUCUUGAAGCUAACUCAUGUACAGAGACAGGAGGCUGCACAGUCCCGGCGAGAGGAGAAGAAAAGAGCAGAGAAGGAGCGAAUCAUGAAUGAGGAAGAUCCUGAGAAGCAGCGCAGGCUGGAGGAAGCUGCCUUGAGACGAGAGCAAAAGAAAUUGGAGAAGAAGCAGAUGAAAAUGAAACAAAUCAAAGUGAAAGCCAUGUAAAGUCACUCCAGAGAUCGCAAUCCUAGUGCCAUCUGUAAGCUCUGAAUUCACAGGAAACAAACAACACCAGUCCAUUACGCAUCUUAAAGUGCGGAUGUUCCCAACAACUGAGAAAUCCUUACUUCAUCCUCUAUUCUGUUUUGGGUUUGGAAUUUUACAGAAGUUGUAGAUACAUUGCAAGGGCUCUGUUUCCGUAUUUCCUUUCAGAUAAUCAAAUUUUUUUGAUUAUUUUAUAAAAGGAGUGAUAUUUGAAAUCUGUAGUUCUACAGUGUUUUAAAAACUAUAAUAUGAAUCAUCAGUGCUUUUAGUACUAUGAUAUUUGAAGAAAUAUGAAAUCUAGAGAUGGGUAAUUAGAUUGUUGCUUUUAUUUAAAUAAGGCAGUUGAAAUAGCUAUGAAGACUGACUCUAAACCAAGAUUUCACAAUUAACUCCUGGAAUUACACAAUAAACAUUGCUUGGUGUUUUCUUCUGUGUCUACAUUAAACUUGUGAAAAAGUAAAAUUUAGAACACUAUAUGUGGUAGUGAGAUUUCGGAGACUCAAAACAUAAUGUUUUGUGGGUAGGAGGUGCUGAUGACAGUAUUAUAAAAAAUCUGUAGGUGUUAGUAUACUGACAUGGAAAAUCCUAGGUAGGACAGGAGCCCAGUUUUCUCCUUCCCUGAUGCCAUGAGCUAA